AUGAAAGAUGACAGAGUCAUAAUUCCUUCAGCAUUAAGGCUCGAUGUAUUAGACAAUAUACACACCGGUCCUCAAGGCAUCCAGAAAUGCCGUGAAAGAGCGAAAAGUGGUGUCUGGUGGCUGAAUCUCAGCAAGCAGAUAGAAGAUCUUGUCAGGGAAUGCCCUACUUGUAUCAAGACGAAAACUAAUCAUGCAGAGCCCAUGAUUCUUACACAGUUAGCUGAGUGUCCAUUCCAAAAAGUAGGAACCGAUCUAUUCGAAUGGAAAGGGCAGGAAUUUGUCCUUGUGGUAGAAUACUUCUCGCGACCAAAGUAUUCCUCAGCGGAAUUCACCAAAUAUGCAGAAAACUGGGAAUUCACAAACAUUACAAGUAGUCCAAAAUACCCCCAAAGCAACGGAGAAGCUGAACGCAUGGUGCAAACAACUAAAAACCUCCUUACAAAAUCUGAUGAUCCGUAUGAACCACUACUCGCUUACAGAGCUACUCCACUGGAAAACGGAUUCAGCCCAGCCGAACUAUGCAUGGGAUGGCGACUUCGCACCACCCUUCCAACUAAUCCGUCUAAACUAACAACACAAUGGCCAGAGUUAACGACAUUGCGUGAAAAGGAAACCAAGAUUAAGACUGAGCAAAUGAAAGAGUACAUCCAACACCAUGCAGUUAAAGAGCUCAGUAAUCUGUUGCCAGGAGAUCGUGUUUACAUCCCUGAUCGCAAAGAGAAUGCAGUAGUAGUAUCGAAAACACCACAGCCACGUUCCUACUACCUCGACACUGAUAGCAACGCAACUGUUAGAAGAAACAGACAUUAA